CUCGGCCGCCUCACCCACUACGCCUUCGACGCCGUCCUCUUCUCUGCCUUCCUCGCCGGCGUGAAGCGAUCCACAGGCCUGACUAUCAACGAAGACAAAAUCACCGACAACGAAACCGCAAAGUCUUGGAUCACGAGGUACCUGGCUAUUGGCGAGAUUGUCAUGGAUCAGAGUGUUGCCGUCAUGAGCUCGAGUGGUUGGUUUGAGCGCAAGCGGUAG